CAACAGUAUCCGUUGAGCAGUCACUCAGCAACCACCUCGCUCUCCUCCUCCGCUCUUAACGCUUGCAAGCACCCAAGUCCCACUCGAGUUCGAAAUGGCCUUCCAGGGAGUAUUCUACGCUGUCUUCUUUGCCCUCGUCGCCUCCUCUCUGGCUGCCGAGAAGAAGGAAAAGGCGGCUGAGGAAGACGGUCGUUUCUUCCUCACCGGGACUGGCAACAAUUCCAACACCUCGAUCACCGUCAGCAGCGAUGUCAUCUACUUGUUGGCAGUCGUUGCUUUCGGUCUGAUCGCCGCUGCCAUCGUCGCUGCCAUCGUCGGUGUAGGUGUAGGUUCUAGCACUGGCGACUAUAGCUACUCAGCUCCCACCUCCUACGCCGCCUACUCCGCCCCCGCCCCUGCCUACGAGGAGAGCUCCUACGCCGUGCAUCGCUCCUUGGAAGACGCUGCCCAAAAGUUCCAGUAGAUGGCCUUCGCGUCCGAUUAGGAAUAUUUACCUUGGUCCCCCCUCACCAUGGCUAAUGCUCCGUUUUCUUUGACGGAGUUUCCCCCUGUAAUGUUAUUUAUUUUUUCCUUUGGAUCUUUCUCGUCGGUUCCAUCGAAAGGCCGGUCAUGUUGGUCUUCUGACUGAAAUACGAUUACAUCAGACACGAGACGACGACGCUUGGCCUGUUUAAUUAAAGAAAAAAGAUAAAAAUAUAUAUAAAUUAUAUAUAUAUUAAUGGAGACUUGUGUGUGUUGGUAUGAUCGCGUAACUCUGACAACACUCGUGACAAGAGCUCAGUCUCUGGUAACAUACGUGACAGACCUUAAUUUUGACGACUUACAAGAGACACUCUGAUGUCCCUUUUGCACUGCCAACUCUGACGUACCUGACUUUAAAAAUAAUAUCUAUAUAAGGGCCACCCCCCACCAUCAACGUAGUUCUUCCCACGACUGACCAAUAGACAACAAGCGAGACAAUAUCGAACGUUUUAUGAAAUAUGAAUAUACUAAACUAUAUUUAUAUAUACUGACUCUACUGAACACAUCAGCAUGACUUCCCCGAUGGCUUUUCGCGACUUUCAAUGUUGACCCGUUAUCCUUGCGAGAAAAAAAUGGCCCAAAACACAACAUAUAUACAUGUAUUUAUAACUUAUCCAGUCCCCGUGUGUCCCACCCCCUCCUCCCCCUCCCUGGUGCCCCUGGAGGGUUUCAUCGUUCGCUCAGGAGGGAUUAGAGGUUUCAUUACUUCCUUCUGUGCCAUAAUGGUCCAUGUCGACCCGACCUUUGUUGCUCAGUGAACUCGUGGUUUCCAAAUCUUCACAGUAUCUUGCUUAUAAAUCUUGCAAUCCCUUUAAAAUCUACAGUAUCUUGCCUUUCAAUCUUACAAUCCCUUUAAAAUCUACAGUAUCUUGCCUUUCAAUCUUACAAUCCCUUUAAAUUCUUCAGUAUCUUGCCUUUGAAUCUUACAAUCCCUUUAAAAUCUUCACAAUGUCUUACAUCUACAUCUUGCAAUCCCUUUAAAAUCUUUCACAAUGUCUUACCUUUGAAUCUUACAAUCCCUUUCAAAUCUCCAAAGUGUCUUGCGAUCUUCCAGUAACUUGAAGAUAAUGGCAUCACACUUUUUUUUUUAAUCCCAAAGAACGUAGGAUUUUGGUCCCCGAGUUCGCCUCCGCUGCUGGUCGGUGGAGGUCAGUGAGUCCUUUUAUUUUAGCAUUUGUUCGCAUCUCCAUUGUCACUUGCACAUUUUUCUUACUGUUUUGCGCCAGUAUCACGGUAUUUUAGACCCAAUUGUUGUUUUUUUUGUUAUUUAUUUAAAUUAUUGUUUUAUAUAUGAGUGAUUGUAAAUAAAAUGUCUAAC